AUGCAAAUCGAGAGAGAGAAAGUUGAAAGCAUGAACAGCAGCGUGGACGAGUCGGAGCUAAGGAAGGUGUUCCAGAUGUUCGACAAGAACGGCGACGGCCAGAUCACCAAGAAGGAGCUGGGCGAGUCGCUCAAGAACCUCGGGAUCUACAUCCCGGACGACGAGCUGGACGCCACCAUGGAGAAGAUCGACGCCAACGGCGACGGCUGCGUCGACGUCGAGGAGUUCGGCCUGCUCUACCGCUCUAUCCUCGGCGAGGGCGAGGGUGCUGACGGCGGCAGCAAGGGCGACGACGAGGACGGCAUGCGGGAGGCGUUCGACGUCUUCGACCAGAACGGCGACGGCUAUAUCACCGUCGAGGAGCUUCGGUCCGUACUGGCAAGCCUCGGCCUCAAGCAGGGGCGCACAGUGGAGGAAUGCCGCCAGAUGAUCAGCAAGGUCGACGCUGAUGGCGACGGCCGCGUCGACUUCAUGGAGUUCAAGCAGAUGAUGCGCGGCGGUGGCUUUGCCGCCAUUGGCGGAUCGUGA